AUGGAGGAGUACAAACCGUGUGCGGCCAUGGUGGUGACGCAGUGCAUCUACGCGGCUCUAGCGCUCUGGUCCAAGGCGGUGUUCACCGGCGGCAUGAGCCCCCUGGUCUUCGUCGUCUACAGGCAGGCCGUUGCCACCAUUGUGCUCGUCCCCGUCGUCAUCGCGGCCAACAGGAGGAAGAUGAAGGAGAUGAUGGGCCGCCUUGGAAUGACAGGCUUCUCCUUGGUCUUCGUCGCGUCUCUUGUCGGGGCGACAGUGAAUCAGUGUUUGUACUACCAAGGGGUGAAUCUGGGCUCGUCAUCGAUGGCAACGGCCAUGACCAACUUGAUUCCGGCCAUCACCUUCGUCAUGGCAGCAUCAGUCGGGCUAGAGAGGGUGGACGUGAGGAGGCCGAGGAGCCUGGCCAAGAUCUUGGGCACGGCCGUCUGCGUCAGCGGCGCCAUGGCCAUGGCCUUCUUCAAGGGCCCGAAGCUGCUGCUGGGCGACCUGCACGCUCUCCUCCUCCUGCACUCGCCGGCGGCGGGCGGCAGCAGGUGGGUGACGGGCGCGCUCUUCCUGGUGGGCAGCAGCUCCUGCUGGUCGCUCUGGCUCAUCCUGCAGGUGCCCAUCUGCAAGUCGUACGUGGACCCGCUGGCGCUGUCGGCGUGGAUGUGCCUCCUGUCCACGCUGCAGUCCGCGCUGCUCGUCGCCUUCCUCCUGCCGGACCCGACCGCCUGGAGGAUCCACUCGCUCUUCGACCUCUCCUGCUGCCUCUUCUCGGGGGUGUUCGGGUCAGGCGUCACGUUCUACCUGCAGUCGUGGAGCAUCUCAGUGAGGGGACCGCUCUACUCCGCCAUGUUCAACCCGCUCUGCACCGUGAUCACCACCGUGUUCGCCGCCGCCGUCCUCCGCGAAGAGCUGCACGUCGGCAGCUUGCUGGGCGCGAUCGCCGUCAUCGCGGGGCUGUACGUGGUGCUGUGGGGCAAAGCGGGCGACGGCAAGAGGGCCGGGAUGGAGCCAGAGCAGCACUCGGAAGAUUUGGAGAAGACGUCGGCGCGGUCGGACUCGACGGUCGACGUCGGCAGUGGCAUCGCCGAGCCCCUCCUGGCGGCCGGCGAUGAUCCAACGGAGAAGUAG